AUGAUCACUGACUCAAAAGAAUACACAACCAGAAACAAAAAGACUCAACAGAUGGCGGAUCCUCUAUCGGAAAUAGUCACCGCAAAUAUCAAUUCUGGAAGUACAUCAAUUAUAAGCAGUACAAAUAACACAAUGUCCGAAGACACCAGCUAUACGGAACAUACACCCAUUAGUGGGAGCGUGGGGAGUCCUCCAAGUUCGCCUUUCGUCGAUGCGACAACUGAUAUGACGGAUACAAUUAAGGAGAAUAUCUCUCCCCUUAAGAGGCAGAUGUUGGCGUCUAGGAAUUCGAUUGAUGGAGAACAUAUGUCACCACUGAAAAUAUUGAAGAGCCAAACUUCACCUACCAAAUCAACAGAUAGCACACGCAGUCCGAGAAAGAUGUCAACACCUAUGAGAUUUCCCGUAAAGCCAACUGCUACUUCUUCGCCUCUUAAAUCGCCAGAACCGCCGGCCGUUCUUGAGCAGGAAAUGGACCUCGAUGAUCCAGUGCUAAGAGAUAAUGAGGGAUUUACGAAAGCGGUCGAGAUAUUGGAGAAAGAUGAUGACGAUAGCGACAACGAGUAUUCCCGCGAUGAGGGACAAAUGAUAGACGAAACAUUUGCAUAUAUCGGCACUGGUAGUGCUGGCGCUUCGGAACAAGAGGCGCAAAAUUUGAUGGACGAUACAAUGGUCAGCACAUUCAGCGACUUUUCCGCUGUACUAGACAUGACAAUGUUUUCUAAACUCGGACACAGUCCAUCCAAAUUUUCAACCAUGGGUGCAUCAACACCGAGACAAAACCAUCGAUUCAGUACCCCCGCUACAGCGCGCAGACAAGUGAAUACAUCCGAUGAUUUUUCGCCUACCCCACGCGGACAUAGAAAUAUUAAAAGUAAAGAUGAUGGGAAUACCACUAACCUUCUUGACUUCACGGCACAAAUGAAUGGUUUUAAUGGUCGUGGCCCCUCACCUUCAAGACAUAGAACUUCACCCUCGAAAAGUUCGACUACGUCAGAUCAACAUUGGUAUGCGCAAAAUACUUCGGCGACACCUAAAUCGAAUCGGAUGAGCAACCUUCUCGAUUUCGACAUUCCUCCUGCGCCUACGCCUAGAAGUUUACCAUCGGUUACACCUAGAGAAAUUGAGAGGUUGAAGUCAGACUUCUUAUCGGAAAUUAGUAGUUUGAAAGCUACUUUGAGCGGAAAGGAGGCUGAAUUGAAUUUUUUGAAAACGGCAGUUGGAGACGCCGAAAAGAGAGUUGGUGAUAGUCUGGAACAAUUGCGCGAAGAACGAAAUAUACAAGAUCAACUAGCGGCUGAAAAAGAGGAAUGGGAAAAGAGAGGUCGGGAAAUGGAAGCUGUGUUAAGAAACGUGAGAGAGGAAAUGGUCCAAACGGAGCAGGAGCGUGAAGAAUUGGACGGUCGAUUGGAAGAAAGUGAGAGAAGGAGGGAAAUGGCUGAGAUCAUGGCUCAAGAGGCGCAGAGAAACUUGGCUGCUAUGCGUGCCGGAAAAACUACAACUGGAGCUACUUCACCUCCUGUCGACGCGCCUUUGAAAUCACCAACGGAAUGUCAUUGCGGAGGUCGAACUGUCGAACUCGCGGUCGAGAAGGUCUCUAGAGAAUUGCAUGCUCUUUACAAGGAGAAACACGAAACUAAAGUCCAGGCUCUGAAGAAAAGCUAUGAACGUCGCUGGGACAAGAAAGUGAAGGAAUUAGAAGCUGCGGUCGAGGAACUUACUAAGGAGAACGAAGACUUGAAGUCGGGUCGCGAUACGACGAUGAUGAAAGCGGAACCUUCAGCGGAAGAUGUCGAGAAACAAGCGGCGCGCGAUGCAAGAACAAAGGAAUUGGAGGCAGAACUCGAGGGCUUGGGCAUUAAAAUUAAGAGUGCAAAGCAAGAUAACGAGGAUCUUCGACAUAUGCUUGACGAGGAGAGAGUGGAGAAGACUAAAUUGGUCCAAGCUGUUGAUGAAAUGAUCCCGAUGAUCGCAAUGUUCGAUGACAUGGUUGCGAAGAAUCUCGAGGAGGAAAAUAAAUCUGCUCCAGCUCCAGUUCGAUCUUCACCGAUCCCCGAGACACCCGCCUCGCAAAGGAAACAACAUGCUUUUGACAGUCAGAUGAAGAGUCCUACUCUAGGUAGGGCGAAUAGUAUGAGCAGACCGAGUGGAUUGAGGGCACCCAGCGCAACUGGAGGAAGUAGGAUUGGGAGGGGUGGGAUGAGUGGAAUUGGGAUGGGGAUUGGAGGAUCGGGGAGAGAGAGAAAGGGUAGUAAUGGGAGUGCGGCUAGUCAAGGGAUUAGACCGGGGAGUGGGCUUGGGGCAAGAAGUAAUAUGAUGAGUAGUAUUGAGAAGAUGGGCGGGGCAGGGUAUAGGGAAUAG